CAAUGGUUUGGCCACACGAGGCACCGGACUGAAAUCUGGAGUUCCCUCUUCUGCCUUGACUGUGUCCGCCUCGUCCCCUCGCCUCUUCGCUGUCAGUUUGCGCUUGGACGCCCGAUCCCGCGGUAUUCCCGGGCGCUCUUGUAGAUCGGUAGCUGGAGCAAGAGGAGUGUGUGGGUUUUGGGGUUAUUUUUUUGUUGGGGGGUGGUGGAAUUUCAGAAUCCAUUUUAGGGAAACUUGCUGAGCAGAGUGAAUAACGCCGGAGACUGUCGACAUCUCCAGCUUCGUUCAGUUUUCUCCUCUCCUUUCCGUGGGUCCUCACUUUGGAUUACUUUGGAAACUUUGCUUGGAGUGGGAAGUUGGAUUGGAACGACCUUGCUUUUUUCAGUGCGCGCCCUCUUCGCGUGGAUUUUUGCUCCGUUCUGAUUACGGUAUUAGCGCUGGCCGCCUCCAAGCCUGGAGUUUCUAGGAGGGGCCUCUGUUGUGGAGUGUUUUUGUUUCUAUGGAGAAACGCCAUGAGCUGUUCUGCUCCUCAUGACGGGGAAAUCCGCCUUCAGUUUUUUAUAUGCGUGGAAAGGAGUCCUUGAUACAUGUCUGCCAGGAAACAAAACCAACAAAAGAAAAGAAAUGAGCCGUCAGACUGCUACAGCACUUCCUACGGGUACCUCCAAGUGUACACCAUCCCAGAGGGUACCUGCAUUGACUGGCACCACCGCAUCCAACAAUGACUUGGCCAGCCUAUUUGAGUGUCCCGUGUGUUUUGACUAUGUACUGCCACCUAUUCUGCAGUGCCAAAGUGGCCACCUCGUCUGUAGCAACUGUCGUCCCAAACUCACGUGCUGUCCGACUUGCCGAGGCCCAUUGGGCUCUAUUCGUAACUUGGCUAUGGAGAAAGUUGCCAACUCUGUACUGUUUCCUUGUAAAUACGCCUCCUCUGGCUGUGAGAUAACUUUGCCUCACACUGAGAAAGCAGACCACGAAGAGCUUUGCGAAUUUAGGCCUUACUCAUGUCCGUGCCCUGGUGCUUCUUGUAAGUGGCAAGGAUCUCUGGAUGCUGUCAUGCCCCAUCUCAUGCACCAGCAUAAGUCAAUCACGACGCUACAGGGAGAAGAUAUUGUUUUCCUUGCUACAGACAUUAACCUUCCUGGUGCUGUUGACUGGGUUAUGAUGCAGUCUUGUUUUGGCUUCCAUUUCAUGUUGGUGUUGGAGAAACAGGAGAAGUACGAUGGUCACCAGCAGUUCUUUGCAAUCGUACAGCUGAUAGGAACGCGGAAGCAAGCUGAAAAUUUUGCUUACCGGCUCGAGCUGAACGGUCACAGGCGGCGAUUGACUUGGGAAGCAACACCUCGAUCAAUUCACGAAGGGAUUGCGACCGCCAUAAUGAAUAGUGACUGUCUAGUCUUCGACACCAGCAUCGCGCAGCUUUUUGCAGAGAACGGCAAUUUAGGCAUCAACGUGACGAUUUCAAUGUGUUGAGACCGCAACCCAACAUUUUGAGGCCAGUGUCUGGUGGUGGUGGGGAUCCCCUCUCCCCCACCAUUGCAUUCAGUUUCAUAGAAAUCAAGGUAAACAUCUUUGGCUGCCAGAUAUGAACAGUUUAAUAGGGAGAGGUUGGCGCAUAUGAAAAGUAAAUUAAUGGAAAGGCUGUGGAAAGUACAGGAAACAAGUUGCAUGUAAUAACACUAAUAUAUUUAAAAGUAAGUCAGCAGUAAACCACUGAAAUAUAUAUAUAUGUGUGUAUAUAUAUAUUAUACCCAAAAUGGGCAUCUUUUUGUAUUAAGAAUCGAUUCUACGGAAAAGUGUUGUAAAAUAAUUCUAAACUUGUUUGUAGAUUGAUUGUACGUUUUGAAAAGGAAAACUGUUUUGUGUUUCAUUUGUGUUCUUUUUUUUCCUUUUGACUGACAAGCCAUGCAAGGCGGUCUGGUGUCUGACCGUUUUUUCUCCCUCCUCCUCCCCGGCUGACCCCACUCCCGAGUCACUACAUAGUAUUGCUGCUGUUCUUGUGUACAUUUUUGUGUAUUUGCUAAUUUUUAUUAACUUCUAGUUUUUCAUUAAAUAAAUGACUUUCUUUUCUGUAAUUCAGGUUCCCCCCCUCUUUUGUACCUUUUGGAAUUAAUUGCAGGUGUCACCUUCUGCUACGCAUAAUUGAUUAUGGUAAAGUGUAUACUUCUGUAUAUUCGGUAACUCCUUUUUUGUGCAAUACUGCCAUUGGUUAUAGUACAGAUUAGUCCUAUGGACCUAUUUGGAAGUUCUGCCCGAAUAACUCUGUGCAGGAUUGCAGCCCUUUCCAGUUAGUCAAUUUGAUGAUAUUGUCAUUCGACUAUUUUGUGAACAUGAUGAUCUCUGAAGGAGAUGCUAUUGGACGAAUUCUAAAAAAAAUUAAAAAAUGGAAUCUUUUAAAUUGCAGAUGCCAUUUGUAUUUAAGUUCAAACCUAGCUGCAGGUCUUUUUUUGUUUGGGGAAUGUUCUAAUUUCAAGGAAGUGAAAGUUUAGGCACAUUUUCAAAGAAAUUUAAAGACACUUAGACAUUUAAAGUCAUUCUUGUAUUUAUUGGUUGUGCAGUACAAGAAGGCGUUGUCUAUACAGUAUUUGUAAACAAUUAAGACAGACCAUUUGUUUAAAAGAAGCAGUUGAAAUAAGCUGUGUUUGGUCUUUUUUUAAAUUCUGUCAUUAAAAGAAUUCCUGGCAAACUGAAAAUUUAGUGGGUUUUUUUUCCCUUGGCCCUAAUGCAAACCUUACCCAAAGGAGUAUCACUUAGAAUUUCUUAUCCCUCUGCCUGUUCUUGCGCCAAAUGAAUGUGGGAUCAUAGUCUAGGCAAAUUUUGUUUGCCAGAGGCCACUCUCUUUGGGGCGUUACUGAUUUUCUAGAAAUUAGAGAUGUAUUCUUAAGGUGUUCUGUUUUAGUAAUGGAAGUCAUGCUGAUUCUGUAUGCUAAUGAAUUUCAAAAAAGUUGUUUAAAGUGGGGUAAAUCAUUGGAGUGGAGCUGCGGCUCUGUGGUAGAGCACCUGCGUUGCAUGCGCAAGAUCCCAGGUUCUGUCCUCAGCAUCUCCAGUGAAAAAGGUACAGACAGUGGAUGAUGUGAAAGACCUAGUUUAGAUACUGGUGAGUCACUGCUAGUCCAGAGUAGACAGUGCUGACUUUGAUAGAUUGAAGGUCUGGCUUGGUAUUAGGCAACUUCGUGUGCUCAUCUGUAAGCUGCUCCUGCAGGACAAGCAAGUGAGGAAUGGGAAGAAUGCAGUUUACUGGAAUGACCAGGUACUGGCAGCACACCUGGCAUGAUGCCAGGGUGGGAUGGGAAGGUUACUUUCCAUUCUUUGAUGAGCCCUUCUACAUGUCUUUGCCUGCAGGCUGGAUCGUGCCUUUAUUUAUUAUUAAUCUGUUGUUAAAUUGCACUUUGCUAUAUAUAAAUAGCUUGCCAUGGUUCUGAGUUCAGUAGACCAGAAUUGUCCUGGAAAGGGCAUGGUCUGUGCUGCUAACCACUUCUCAAUUUAAAAAAACAGGCAAAGAAUCGCCAGGGGUGUCCAGGUAAGUGAGCGUGGAAUAAAGGCUUCUGUUUGUCAUAAGGCAAUGAUGUCCAUUCAGUGUGAAAUAUAGCUGUUUUUAUUCUCUCGCAUGGUUUGAUACGUCACUUGUUACCUAAUUUGAUUCCAAAGCCCAGUUUAAAGAUGUCACCUCCCUCCCCCUGCUUUCCCUAAAGAGGGGGUACAAAGUAAAGCAAAGAGUAUAUAUUUUUAGAUGCUUCUUGAAUGCAUGCAGUUGAAGGGCGCAUGCCUAGAGAAACCUUGGCAGCAUGGUUCUUGAAUAACUUCACAACCAUGUCAGAUGCUGGAUUUGAUGCCAGCAGUAUGUUUAACACCACCAGGGGAUUACACACUGCAGGCACUUCGUCUGGCUUUGGUACUAAGGCCCCGGUCACAUGGCAAAGUUGCCGCAGGAGAGGCACGG